AUGUCCAGCCACCCACUGCCAAGUCCAGCCACCCACUGCCAAGUCCAGCCACCCACCGCCAAGUCCAGCCACCCACCGCCAAGUCCAGCCACCCACCGCCAUGUCCAGCCACCCACUGCCAAGUCCAGGCACCCAUCCCCAUGUCCAGCCACCCACCGCCAAGUCCAGCCGCCCACUGCCAAGUCCAGCCACCCACUGCCAUGUCCAGCCACCCACUGCCAAGUCCAGCCACCCACUGCCAAGUCCAGCCACCCACUGCCAAGUCCAGCCACCCACUGCCAAGUCCAGCCACCCACCGCCAAGUCCAGCCACCCACUGCCACGUCCAGCCACCCACCGCCAAGUUCAGCCACCCACUGCCAAGUCCAGCCACCCACCGCCAAGUCCAGCCACCCACCGCCAAAUUCCAGCCACCCACCGCCAAGUCCAGCCCCCACUGCCAAGUCCAGCCACCCACUGCAAAGUCCAGCCACCCACCGCCAAGUCCAGCCACCCACCGCCAAGUCCAGCCACCUACUGCCAAGUCCAGCCACCCACUGCCAAGUCCAGUCACCCACCGCCAAGUCCAGCCACCCACUGCCAAGUCCAGCCACCCACUGCCAAGUCCAGCCACCCACCGCCAAGUCCAGCCACCCACUGCCAAGUCCAGCCACCCACUGCCAAGUCCAGCCACCCACCGCCAAGUCCAGCCACCCACUGCCAAGUCCAGGCACCCAUCCCCAAGUCCAACCACCCACCGCCAAGUCCAGCCACCCAAUGCCAAGUCCAGGCACCCAUUCCCAAGUCCAGCCACCCACUGCCAAGUCCAGGCACCCAUCCCCAAGUCCAGCCACCCACCGCCAUGUCCAGCCACCCACUGCCAAGUCCAGCCACCCACUGCCAAGUCCAGCCAACCACCGCCAAGUCCAGCCACCCACCGCCAAGUCCAGCCACCCACCGCCAUGUCCAGCCACCCACUGCCAAGUCCAGGCACCCAUCCCCAAGUCCAGCCACCCACUGCCAAGUCCAGCCACCCACCGCCAAGUCCAGCCACCACUGCCACCGCCAAGUCCUGCCACCCACCGUCACUCCCCAAGUCCUGCCACCCACUGCCAAGUCCAGCCACCCACUGCCAAAGUCCAGUCACCCACCGCCAAGUCCAGCCACCCACUGCCAAGUCCAGCCACCCACUGCCAAGCCACCCACUGCCAAGUCCAGCCACCCACAACCCACUGCCAAGUCCAGCCACCCAGUGCCAAGUCCAGCCACCCACCGCCAAGUCCAGCCACCCACCGCCAAGUCCAGCCACCCACCGCCAAGUCCAGCCACCCACUGCCAAGUCCAGCCACUCACUGCCAAGUCCAGCCACCCACCGCCAAGUUCAGCCACCCACCGCCAAGUCCAGCCACCCACUGCCAAGUCCAGCCACCCACUGCCAAGUCCAGCCACCCACUGCCAAGUCCAGUCACCCACUGCCAAGUCCAGCCACCCACUGCCAAGUCCAGCCACCCACUGCCAAGUCCAGCCACCCACUGCCAAGUCCAGCCACUCACUGCCAAGUCCAGCCACGCCAUAUGAUAUGACCACACCCACUAGGGUGUCUCAGGCCGCCGCCCACUAA